AUGUCUAAAGAAGAAUCCAAAGUUAUUAAAUCUGCAUUAAAAGGAAGUGAUUCCACAACAACAAUUACCACUAGUUCUUCUUCUUCUUCUUCUUCUUCAUCAUCAUCAAUUCAAUUUAGAAUAUUUGUUGGAUCUUAUGAACAUAAUUUAUUAUGUUUAUCAGUAAUAUUAGAUCCAUCAAACAUUAAAGACCCAAUUUUCCAACCAAUUUUCCAUUUCCAAGCUCAUUCAUUAUCUAUAAAAUCAAUGGAUUUAGCUAAAAGAUAUUUAGUUACUGGAUCAAAUGAUGAACAUAUUAGAAUUUAUGAUUUACAAAAAAGAAAAGAAUUAGGAACUUUAUUGAGUCAUAAUGGGACUAUUACUAGUUUGAAAUUUUCCACUGAAGUCUCCACAGAAAAUCCUCAAAAUGAAGACAUUAGCAGUCGUGGUAGUAGCACUUCCAGUAGCAGUACUUCCGGUUAUUCACAAAAAACGGGGAAAUGGUUAUUAUCAGGAUCUGAAGAUGGGAAAAUUAUAAUUUGGAGAACUAAAGAUUGGGAAACUUUUGGUAUCUUAAAAGGUCAUACGGGUAAAAUUAAUGAUUUAGCCAUUCAUCCAAGUGGUAGAGUUGCUAUACUGGUUUCACAAGAUCAAACUAUUAGAUUAUGGAAUUUAAUGACCGCUAAAAAAGCUGCCAUUUUAAAAAUAAAGGGGAAAGAUCAUUUAGGUCAACUGGGAGAUUUUGUUAAAUGGUCACCAGAUUCUAAAGGAUCAUUUUUUUUAAUUGGAAUGUUAAAUCAAAUAUUAAUUUAUAAAACUUCAACGGCUAAAAUUAUUAAAAAAAUUAAAAUAUCACCAACUUUAAUGUGUAUGGAGAUUUUAAAAUUUAAUAAUAAAAAUUGGUUAGUUGUCGGGUUAAGUAAUGGUGUUAUUGAAUUUUAUGAUUUUAAUGAAAAAGUAUUAGCGGGGAUAAAUGAAGAAACCACCACAACAACUACUACUACUACAUCUGAUGUUGAUGAUGAAGAAAAAGAAGAAGAUAAAGUGUGGGAUUCUAAACCUGAACAAUUGAUAGCUGAUUUUACAUUAAGAGGUCAUACUAAUCGUAUUAAAGGAAUAUCAUUUAUUCAAGAUAAUUCAGAAACUCAUGAUAUACCAUAUUUAGUAUCAGUUUCAUCUGAUGGAAGAAUUGUUAUUUGGAAUUUAUUAUUAAAAGAUCAAAUUGCUGUUUAUGAUACUGGUGAAAGAUUAAAUUGUGUGGUUACAAGUCCUGAAGGUAUUGAAAAACUGGAUACUAUGAAAAGAAGAUUUACUUCAUUAAGUCAAAUCACUGGAAAGGGAGAAAUUGAUAAUAAUGAUAUCCCUAGUGAAUCUGAAUAUGAAACUGAUGGUGAAGAAAUUAAAAAUAUAAUGCAAGGUGAAAAGAAUAAAAAGGGUAAGAAAUCAAAAAAGAAUAAUAUUAAAAAGAAAAGAAAAGUUAGUGUAACAUUAGAAUAA